GGCGUCCAGACGAUUGCUUGUCUUUCUACUGAGUCAACUUUAGCUUGGUCUGUUUGCUCUGUCAUUUGUAACCAUGUCUUGGAUUGCCUCUUUAUUGACACAUGGAAAGAUCUAAAGAUCCGGCGAGGAGAGAAACCCAUUAAUAUCCAAAUCUAUUUAUACAUAUUCAUACACAAAUAGAGAGGUAUGAUAUAGUUUACGCGCAAGGCACCUGACGUACACAGAACCAUAGAAUGCCAUCUGGAGACUACACCAAGAAGGACAGAAAUUCUGUAUACCAAAAAGCACUUGUUAUCUGUCAUGAGGACGAAAAACAAUUGAACCUGAUGCAACUUGAGUUAGAAAAAGACAGACUGCAGACUUAUAUUGAUCAUAAACUUGAAGCCAAACGGUUGCAGAAGGAACUACUUAAGCUGAGACAAGAGAAGCUUCAUCUGAUGAAUGAGGCCAGGCAUAACCUAAAGGAGAGGAAAACUAUCGACGACAUUGCGAAAGAGGCAACAAAUCUACAAGGAGUGAGAAACCGAAAUCUCGAAGCCCUAAAGCUGAAAAAGAAAUUUAGUCUGCCACAUCUAACUCCCACUCAAAGGAACAUUCCUAAAAUCAUGAAGAGGACUUUGUCUUAYGAGUCAGAAUUUUUUACCUGGACAUUUGGAUUGCCUCAAAUCGACGGGCAACCACCAAAGCUCAAAGAAAAAUCCGAAAAACAACAACUGAAACCGUUCAAUAGUUCGAAUGAAAGUUUGGAGUCAAAGGCAGAAACAAAGAAUGGAGAAACCUCACAUAUAUUAGCGUGUGAAUCUAAAUUUGUCAACGAAAACGGGAAAGCAGGUACUAGGGAAGUAAAACUACCCUCUAUUUCUGCGACAGAAGACGUUCUUCCAAUAGCAGAACGGAUCUAUAGCAACGGCGUUAACAACGAACCGAACGCUAAACUCCCUCCACUCAACACACCUAAGAACAGGUUCGCUUGAGGAAAUUCUGAAGCCUAAAACUAAUGUAUAAAAAUUGGAUAUUGUAUGUACAAAUAUCUCGUAUGUUUUUAUUUAAAUAACUUUAGAAAGAGAUGCUAAAAACUUUCAAACGUUUAUGUGUCUAAUAACCAUUUGCCCAUAUUGAGCUCUUUUAUUCCAUAUCCAAGAUAUGUUAUUUAAAAUGACUCGAAAAAUAAUUUGAUAAGUACUU